GGUUCCAACGCUUUAAGAUCUCAGUCUUGUUUGAACCUUCGUCAUUAUUAAAUCUUAACUUAGUUAUUUAUUUUUCUAAAUUAAUUUUGCUUAUUUUUGUUCCUGUUUCAAAAUAACUUUAACUCUUAAAUUCAAAUUUUUAUCUAUGUUUAUUUUUCUUAACUAGUUUAAAACAUUACAUCGGUUAACUUUUAAUUAGUAUCUAAGCACCGAGGCCUUGUUAUCAUUAUCAGUAGCAUAAACAUAAACUGUUAUUGACUUACUUUGACUAUCAAGUUUCAGAAGUUCAGAAAAAUUUUCACUCAUUUUAUUUACAAACGAGUAUCUAUCAACAACUAUCUCGAUACUACAAGUUUUAUUUUUUGUGCUGAUAAACAUUGCUAAGCACGUUUUGUAAAAUAUUUGUUUAAUUAAAAAAUGGCAACAAUUAUAAAAUGUAAUAACGAUUCGUGUGAAUUUAAGAAAGAUAUUGGAAGAAGAAAUGCUGUUCCAAUAAUUUACACUCGAGGAACUCAUUAUGAAAUUGGUUUUGAUAUUGGUCGUACCUUUGCUAAAAUAAUAAACGAGUUUGUAGAUUGCUACAAACCGCUAAACGAGACAUAUUUGGCGGCGUACAGCACUGAAGAAGGAAGAAAAGUCUACGAUGAAACAUUAGAGUGCGUUAAAAAACAAUUUCCGCAAUAUGUACGGGAAAUUGAAGGUACAGCUGCUGGUGCAAAUGUACCAUUUUACAAGCUAUUUCUUAUGCAUCUCGAUGAUAUUGUUCCCAAUGUCGUCAACGGAGAAAUGGCGAGUACUAAACAGCCUGUUGGAUGCUCAUCUAUUGUCUGCAAUUAUCCUGGACAGGAAAUUUUAGGACACAACGAAGAUGCUUUGAGUGAAACUUUAAAUUAUUGGUACAUAGUCUGCGCAGACAUAAACGAACCUGGAUACAAAAAAGAAAAAUUUUCAUCUCUCUCAUACGCAGGAUUUCUUCCUGGCUACACAAUGGGAUAUAAUUAUCACGGAUUAGUAUUCAGUAUCAACACUCUGAGUGCAAAAACGCUGAGAUCAGGAAAAACUCCACGAUAUUUCUUAGCUCGAGCUCUUCUUGGCGUAGAAAAUUUCGUUCAAGCUCAACAGACCCUGAGAAACAAAGGAUACGGCGCCGCGGAAGGUUUUUCGGUGAACAUGACAUUUUUAGAGCAAGAAGGCGAUAGAAUGUUUCAUAACGCUGAAGUUGGUCCAGUUGAAAAAGAUUCAGAUGAAUCACAACUAAGUAUUCUUACUGCUAGUCCCGGUGAAAAUAUAUUUCACUGCAAUAAAUAUCUUCGAUUAAAAGUACCCGAAGUAGACGGUGUUAUUAUACCAAGUAGCGAACAUCGAAUGACAGCAAUAUUGCGACAUCCGCGACCUCGAACUCGCCGUGAAGUCAUAGAAAUACUCACCGACCAAACAGAUAACGAGUACCGUGUUUAUCAAGAGUUCGGACCAGAUGAUUACGUUAAGACGAUAGCAACUGGAAUAUUCGAUUGUGUUAAAAGAACUUGGUCUAUUUACGCCGAUAAACCAAAAUUCAAUGAGCCAUUAGUUGUUUUGCCUAUACGUACAGAAACAUUUUAAAUAAUUGUAAUUAAUUCACUUCGAUAAUUACUAAUGACUAAUUAUUAAUUACUGAGCAAUCAUUAUAAUUUUUCACAGUAAUUUGUGCAAGCAAAAAAUCAUCCAGGGUAUACUAAUGAUUGAUAAUAAACUUAUCAGUUAUAAAAACCAUUAA